AUGAGGUUCAAGACACUUAUGCUCGUCUUUUUAACUCAAAAGUUCUGUCAUUGUGGCUGGCCUAAAUGCUGUGUCGGAGCUUCAGAGGAUAAAUCCACGGAGAAAUAUGAGAUCGCCGCUGUGGUUGGAGGGGGAAAUUGCCAGAGCAUGUAUUCAGACUCUUUUGAUACGUUUGAAUCAGAUUCAACUGUUGUUUCCCCCGGUCCUUCUGGAGAGGAGCAUCCAAGUAUGGUCGUUCUGGAUCUCUGUUCUGAGAACAUGGCUUACUUUGAUGUUGUCUCCAACGAUGACUAUGGACUAAUAAAUGUAUCAUACUUCCCUAAAUCUGGGCACUGCAUUAGGGAAGUUUUGGAUUCAGAUGGUGUUAUUUGGACCGUAAAGGAAGGAGGAAAAUGUCUUGGUGUUCACACAUAUUCUAAGGAUUCCAAAACGAUGCUAACUCUUUUAGUCGGAAUGGGAGGUAUCAACCGCAAUUCAAACUAUAGAAAAGUGAAUGGAAAGUGGGUAAAAGUCGAAGAUAGCAUGAGUUUUAAAAUGAUGAUCCAAGACUUGAAGGGGCUUUCAAACGGUCCAAUCAGAGGUCCCAGAAAACGAUUAACCAGUAAAACAUUUGUUCCCUACUCCUCAGAGUAA